AAACUUUUAGGAGAAGGACAACACACGAUACUUGGAUUUGGUAAAUGUGCACGGGCCAAACCAGAACAACGCUCGUUUCUUCUCACGACUGGGGACACUAUUAGGUGAGUUGGCGAGUUUACAUCAACUGAUCAUACUUGGCGACUUUAACAGUCAGCUGGCGAACGUAGGCCUGACCGAAGAGGAGAAGCAGCUGAUCGGAACUUCUGUGGGACAUAACAGCUUCAAUGAAAACGGCUCACAAAUGCGGUUUUUCCUCGGACUCCAUUCCCUCGUUGCGCGGAACACCAAGGCCCCAUCUUACUUCAAGGUCACUUGGAAAAGCGGUGAUCGCCACAGUCAAAUUGAUCAUAUACUAACACACACCCAUUCCAAGUUGUAUUUGAAGGCUCUUCGGUGUAUUUGGCCUAAUCUCUCUACUGAUCACAAAAUGCUACUUUGUAAUGUUGUGAAGAAUCGUGCCGAAGUUCCAGGUAACCCGAACAGGAAACGUCCUUUUCAACCGAGAGCUGAUUUAGACCCAACCUUGCUUCGCUAUGAACCCAUUCAGAAGAAGUUUAAGGAACAAAUAACGAGUUCUGCGCCAUCAAGUUAUCCAGACGGUAGGUCUGUUGAGGAAAGUUGGGGUAGCAUGAAAACCCGACUGGAGGAUGCUGCGAUUGCUACACUGAAAAGAAGAAGAGUUCUUAACCGAAGUUGUAGACUCGCUCAGGCCCAUCUUAAGAAGUGUCAGUUUUGGGCAAAUCGGUCGUAUAAUCCAAAAUGGAAGUACCGUCUGGACGAAGCUAAGGAGGAUCUGCGUAGAAAGAUCAGGGAGAGUGAGGAAGAAGAAAUGAAGCUGGGCCUUAGCGACAUUGAAACCCGUCGCUUUGGGAGCGUCUCAGGCUAAGCCACAAAUUGUUCAAGCGAUUUAAGAAGGUGCCAGAUAAGAAGUCAAAAUCCUCAACUACCGCAUCAUCAAUCAAGCUCGGGGAUUGGCUCGUGGGUGACAGUGGGCCGAACCUGAUCCCACCCCUACAGCCUGACUUGGACUGUCCCCCUCUGCUGUCCCCUCCCACCUUGGAAGAGGUUAGAUCUAUUCUGGACCAAAUGAAGAAUGGGAAAACACCCGGUGCAGACAAUCUUUGCUCAGAAUAUCUCAAGUACGGUGGUGAACAGGCUCUUGGCGAACUACAUCAACUGCUGACAAAAGUUUGGAUCGAGAAUUGCAUGCCGGCCGACUGGAAACACGUUGUGGUGGUCCCCAUUCCCAAAGUGAAGAAUCCUAAAACUACCGAUCAUUACCGUAAGAUCUCCCUAACCAGCUGCGCGUAUAAAGUUUAUGCUACCUGGGUGCUGGGUAAACUACAGCAACUCGUCGGGCCAAUCGGAUCACAUCAGGCCGCCUUCUUGCCAAACCGUUCUACAACAGACCACCUCUUCAUUCUUCAACGCUUACUGCAGGAACGCUGGAAUGGGGGCAAGUCGACCCUUCUCAUGUCACUCGACAUAGAGAAGGCCUUCGACCGGGUGUGUUUACUGUCCCUUCCAGCGAUUUUGCGACGUAAUACUAACACUUAUAAUUUUAUUCAAAAUACUAACAUGUUUCCCUUUGUAGGAAAGGGAGUUCCGAACAAUUUCAUCAAUCGCGUAAUUGAGUGCCUGAAGGGCGAACAGCAAUUCCUCUGGCAACGUCAACUGUCUGAAACUCAAACUCGUCAUCGCGGCAUAAAGCAGGGGUGUCCAGGGUAGGCAAAUGGCAAAAAACCAUCGCGAAGCCCUCGUUUGAUUUAUUACCUUCCAGUUACAGAAUUCACUAUAAUGAUCUUUUUGGAGGCCCAUCGGCAAAUACCUUCCCUGGGGGUGUCCCUUAUCGCCCUUCAUAUUCCUGUUAAUAAUGGAGGCUGUUCUAGAAUCUGUAGCGGACGAGAUCCCGAACCUCCACCUGAAUCCGGACAGUGAACUCGAGCUUCCAUUGAUUUUAGCAUUCGCGGACGACCUCAUCAUCGUAGCUGAUUCUGUGAGCGAUGUUGAGACGAUCCUUUCAUCUCUGAAGGAGAACCUUUCGUACGUAGGGCUAAACCUCAAUCAAGAAAAAUGCAAGGUUCUAAUCAGAGAGCCGAAGGGCGAGGCCGUCACAGAGAUCAGUAUUCUAGGAAAAACGUACAAGACCACGGAGCCGCUACGAUACCUCGGAAUCUACAUAACUCCCCGCCUGGACCGACCUAUGACCACCCGAACAAGGUGCAGAAAUGCAGUGAAGUCUUCACGAAUUGUAAUGGAUUUUUUGAACCGUUACAAUCCCCCGUGGGACAUUGGGAGAGCCUUCUAUGAAACCGUAAUUGCCCCAUCCAUGAUCUACGGAACACAAACGGCCGUCUUAACUAAAUACAGUCGGCGAUCUAUUCGCGGUUACGAACAGCAGAUUGUGCACGCCUUGUAUAAUCUAUGCCGAGGCCACGACAGCUCCAGACCACCACCUCCAGUAAAUGUCCUGCUUAAAAAACGCAGGAUUACAAAGAAAAUUCGAAUGUACCAGAUGCGCUGGUGGGGCCACGUCAUGCGGCGUCCUCGGAGCCACAUCUUGAGGAUCGCUGCCCGGCUUCGCCCAGCACGCCUUCGAGCUUGUCGACCAGGGCUGACCUGGAGGGACAGUGUUCGUCAAACGAUGGAUCGAUACAAUGGAAUGACCCACCGCAGAUGGAAGGAACAAGCAAUACAACUAUUUCCAUAUUUGUUACUUUACCAAUAAAUCGUACUUAAAAAUUACAAAAGCAUUGACUAUGAUUUAAAACUAAGAGGGAUAGACACUUGUGUUUCAACAAACAUCUCUUAAAUCUACAGCUACAGCAACAAUUUCCCGAUUAACACUGUUCAUUCAAGUUUUUAAUAUUUCACAACCCGAUCAAACCUUAUACCACCCCCAAGAAAACAAAAUAACAACACUUUUAUCGAUUCAAACUGUUUACCACAACACAUGUUCUCACACAAUCUGUACUGCUCAACGCG